CAGUAGCAGCUGAGGCUCAGCCGGCCAGUAGUUCCCCUGUGUCCAUGUCCCGGUGUAACUGUGCUUCUCUCUCUUUGUGCUUUUCUCUCUGCUCUCUCCAACUUGUCUCUAUGUCUCUCUCUUCUGGCUGGCAUUGUCUUUCUCUCUCUUCUCACCAGUUCUAGUUCCUUCUCAUUGUAUUGUGCUUCUUGGUUAUCGGCCAGACCCUCGCUCUCCCAUGGGUGGUGUAUUUGUGCCAGGAUGCAUGUGGUAGAUCUGUCAUACAGACAGCUGGCCGUCCUCACGGACAAUCGCUUUGUGUCUCCAUGUUUCUUUCCGUGUCCUUUGCCUUGAAUGUUGCCACUGUCUAUCUGCCUGUAGGCCUCUUAUCUUCUCUCAACCCUCACCAGCUUUCCUUCUGGCAAACUGUCUGUUAUGGGUUCCCCUAGCUCUGGCCGAUAUGACACCCACAUGGAGUAGAUUUUAACCACCCUGAGAGCUGGAUAUGCUUGGGGUGCAGAGCAGUGUCUGUGCCCCCCAAGGCCUGGCAUGGUGCUUGGAGAAGAUCGUGGGAGUGGAUUGCAGUUCCCCAGAGCCAUGUUGCAUUUGGCUGGCAAGUUCCAGGAGUCGGGGCGUUGGGGCCUCCACAUUCUCGUCCAGGAUUAGGAACCCACAACAGGACAAAAUUCAAGUGACCCCCGUGGUGCAGCGGGAUGGGGGCUGUCCGAGCAAUUCUCCACCGCUGGACGAGUCCUUUCAUUGGGUCGGACCCAGAACCCUGGUCAUCAGGAAGAGUCAGCACGGAUUCGGAUUCACUCUGCGCCACUUCAUAGUGUACCCACCCGAAUCUGCCGUCACCUCUGUCCACCAGGAGGAGGAUGGAGGGGCAGAUCUCCCCUCAGCAGCGCCCAGUCAACUGGAGCCUAUGGACACCAUCUUUGUCAAGCAGGUGAAGGAAGGAGGGCCGGCUCAGAAGGCAGGAUUGUGCACAGGUGACCGACUGGUGAAGGUGAAUGGCGAGAGCAUCAUUGGAAAAACCUACUCCCAAGUUAUUGCGCUCAUACAGAACAGUGCGGAUACCCUGGAACUGUCCAUUAUGCCCCGGGAUGAAGAUAUAUUACAGUUGGCCUAUUCCCAGGAUGCAUAUCUGAGAGGGAAUGAGCCAUAUCGAGGUGGUGCACACAGCAUCCCUGAGCCCCCACAGGUCUACUAUCCAUGGAGGACACACGAGCCAGUUCCAGCAUAUGCACCUGCCUCUCGGUACCACCAUCCCAACUCCACUGAUGCCACCAACGUUAGAAGCCCCAUUCACAGUGACGUGCCAAGAGGCAGCCCUGCCCACCAUGACAAUUACCCCCGGACUGCUCCUACUUCUGUUCCCCAACCUCGAUCCUACCAAGGGUCCCCGUCAGACAGAUUCAGGGGUCCUGGACCCCCCCACACCAGCCAUGGCUGGCAAUCUCGCUAUAUGCAAGAUGCUCCACAAAAUGUUUCACCUGAACCCUGGGAUCGACUGGCCAGCCCACGGUGGGUGAGUCCAUGGGAGCGACAACAGGCACUGUGCAGCUGGAUGUCCCAACAGGCCCCUCGAAGGGGCUCAGCCUUACCCCCGAGAAGACGCAGCGCAUCACAGGACCGGCUAGGAGAGGCCGUUCACCUGAGUAACUGGCCCCACAGUGUAUCCCAGGACACUCUUCAUCAGGCUCCGGUGUAUGAGUCUUGGGGUAACCGGGCACAGUCUGAUAACUUCCUCGCUCAAUAUGGUAGAUCUGCAGAGAAACUCAACUUAAAUGCUCUCAUUUCUCCUCCUUAUGAGCACCGCAUCUGGCCACAGGACAGACCACUUCAUUCUUCUCAAGCACCCCCUCGUGCUCGCCCAAGCCAAACAGUAUCUCCUGGCCUAAGGGAAGCAGCAAAGCCCCCACAGCCACACACCAGCUCUGGGGAUUCUGGGUACAUUGGAUACCGUAGCUACAGUCCCUCAUUCCAGAGACGAACUGAACUUCUAAAUGCCUUUUCUUUCCGGGAAACUGCCUUUAGCGGCCUCCCAACCUUCAGGACCGAGCAGUAUUCCACUUCUCCAGCUUCUCCGGCCGAGAGGAGAGAAUCUGCAGUGUCGGGCAGCUCCACAGAGGACAGUUCUUCCACGCAGGAGAGAAGGGAGGAGGUAGUCCUGAGGCAGAAGCCCCCUUCUGGGCGAAAGGCUACUCCUACUGUACGCCAAGUCAAUUUACACUUUCCAACGGAAGUGAAGGACGUAGAGCUCCCGACUUCUACCUCAGUUAGUGAAGAAACUCCCCGAGAGCGACCGCUGCAAAGGGUGCCCCCACUGCCCCCCUCUGAGGAGCCACUGGCAUCCAUACCUUUCAUAGAUGAGCCAACAAGUCCUAGCAUUGACCUCCGCGCCAAACACGUCCCUGCCUCCUGUGUGGUGUCAAGCGCCAUAAACUCCGCCCCUGUUAUCUCCGCCAGUCCUUCCUCACCCUCCUUCAGCUUUAAUAUCAGUCGCCAUUACUCUCAGGACCUCAGCAGUAUUAAGUCCAGCCGGCGUUCUUCAUAUCUCCUCGCCAUUACUACCGAGCGGUCAAAAUCGUGUGACGAUGGACUCAACACCUUCCGAGAUGAAGGAAGACUGCAAAGGCGUGUCGUGGGUCGAGUGCCAAGCUUGAAGAUGCUCCGGAGUUUCUUCACUGAUGGGUCCUUAGAUAGUUUGGUGGCCUCCGAGGAAGGACGGUCGAAGCGUCACUCGGCCUCGGAACUUACUCAGACGGAGUUCAGUGACGUGCGCAGGGAGGGCUGGCUGCAGUAUAAGCAGAUUCUCACCAACAAGGGAAAGAAGGUUGGCAGUGGCCUUCGUCAGUGGAAGCGAGUGUUUGCUGUCCUGCGCCCUCACCUGCUGUUUUUGCACAAGGAGCGCCCAGAAGCACGGGGCCCCGGGCCAGGUGAGGAGGAGCAGCCAAUCAGCAUCCUCGGAAGCCUGGUGGACAUCUCUUACAGCGAGACCAAAAGGAAGCACGUCUUUCGGCUGACGACUCCUGACUUCUGUGAAUAUCUCUUUCAGGCUGAGGAUCGGGAUGACAUGCUCGGCUGGGUCAAAGCUAUCCGGGAGAACAGCCGGAUGGAGGGGGAGGACCCCGGCUUUGCCAGCCAAGCAUUAAUUAACAAGAAAUUAAACGAUUAUCGCAAAGUAAGUGUUACAGGGGUCAAACAGGAAACGUCCCCCAAGGGGUCACGGAGCUUGGGCAUCCGUCCUGAUCUCUUAUGGACAACUGGUGUGAGUGCUCCUCGCUCUCCUAAACCGGACGGUGCUGCCAAAGAGGAAGCGCAACCAUCCAAGGUGGCCUGGGGAAUAAACCUCAUGAAAAAGAACAAAAAGUGUCCUCCACGGGCGUUUGGAGUAAGACUGGAGGACUGUCAGCCUGCAGCAGAGAAUAAGAGAGUGCCUCUGAUCGUUGAGCUGUGCUGCUCCCUGGUGGAACAGAAGGGUUUGGAAUACUUGGGUAUUUACCGCGUCCCUGGAAAUAAUGCGGUGGUGAGCAGUCUGCAAGAGCAUCUCAACAAGGGCCUCAGUGAAUCCAACAUGCAGGACCAGAGGUGGCAGGACCUCAAUGUAGUCAGCAGUUUGCUGAAAUUGUUUUUUCGGAAACUCCCGGAACCUCUUUUCACUGAUGACAAGUACAGCGAGUUCAUUGAAGCCAACCGGUUGGAGGAUUCCAGAGAGAGAAUGAAAAUGCUUCGCAAACUGAUUAGAGAGCUGCCUUCUUACUACUACGAGACCCUUCGGUUUCUUGUGCGCCACCUAAAAACCAUUGCUGACCACGCCGAGAAGAACAAGAUGGAACCCCGAAACUUAGCCUUGGUCUUUGGUCCAACACUGGUUCGCACAUCAGAGGACAACAUGACUGACAUGGUGACGCACAUGCCUGACCGAUACAAGAUUGUGGAGACGCUCAUCCAACAUUUUGAUUGGUUCUUCAGUGAUGAGCAAGAGAAGGCAGAAAAGACACCUGUAGAUGAGAGCAGUUCCCAGUCUGUACCAAACAUUGAGCAUCUUCUACCAAAUAUUGGCCGGACAGCAGGAACUGGGGAGAACUCAGACUCAACCAACAGUGACUCUGCUAAAGGCAAGGUCUCACGGAAGGAAAUCUACGCCCGGGACAUCCUGUCCAUUCCCUUUAUUUCAGCCGUUAACCGCAAGCGCAGGAAGAGGCGAGAUGAGAAGCGUUUUGGGAGCAGCACAGAGGAGGAUGAUUCUGAGCAGGAGGCACGGGCAGGGCAGGUAGAGCAGAAGGUUGAAGCAGCAGAGGAGCUGAGAGAGGCAGAGGAGGCCCAGGCACAAAGCUGCCCACACUCACAGGGAGUAGAGCGAAUACACAGCGAGGAGACUGGAGAACAGGACAAAGGUGCCCAGAUUCUAUGGCAGGGACCCAGAGAGGAGAGAAUCCCUGUUGAUGCCCGUUCCAUUGUGUCUGGCUAUUCUACUCUUUCUACCCUGUGCUCAGAACCCGCCUCCAGUGUCCGUGGUGGGGAGGAGGCAGAUGAUGAACGCAGCGAGUUCAGCCACAUGGAGACUGACACGGAGGGGGUGGGAGCACGAGAGACUGAAGAUCGACCUCACUCUCAGGACUCAUUUACCUCUCAGAGACUCAUACCCGGGGACACUCUCGCUCGGAGACGGCUGGGCAGGGGCAGGGUUGAUAGCAAAGAGGAAUCUGUGCCCCGCAUUUCCCAGCGCAUCAGACCGGCAGCGGAUGACUUGUGUGUGGCAGCGUUACGCAAACCUGGCUCACCGGAGACCCGCCGGAGGAAGAGCGCCUGGCGCCGGCACACUGUGGUGCUCCCAGGGCAACUGACUGACUGCAACUUCAACGACUGGAAGGAGCCAGUGCCGGGGGCUGCCGUGGCAUCAGAACCAGGGAGCCGCCUCAGUGGGGGAGUGUGGGUGGAAGGGAGGGAUUCCGGACUCAGUAGCCUGGAGUCUCAGAAAGCCAAAACUUCUGCAGCUCAGGAUGCUCUGGGCAACAAAGGUCCAAGCCAUGCGGCAAAGUCCCAGAAUCCCCCGCUGCAGCCCGGACUCCGCCAUUAUCUAUAGGCUUUUCUCUAGCUUCCUCUGCCGCAUCUCUCAUCUGACACUUCCAGCUCCGACCCCUGAUCACCGCACCCCACUGUGUCUAUGGGAUGCCCCUGGCAAGAUGGACGGUCAGAUGGAGGUUCUUGGUCAAACCCCACGGCCAACCUCUGCCCCAAGCUGUGUGAGAGCCGCCAGUCAGGAGCCUGAGAUAGGGCAGCCUGGCACAGAAAGACUCAAGGAGGCGACGUCGGAAAUGGAUCGCGCAGGACUCUCCGUGUGAUCCAUGAACUCAGGUGCCUUAUUAUAUUUAUGUUUACAGGAUUAACCCUUUCACUGCUAAGCUAAGGUCAACAUGCCUGCAGAUGUAGAUGUGCAAUGUGUGUUCAUAUAUAUUAAAUCUAUACGUAUAUACACACACCUACAGACACGCACUUGUUAGUGUUAAGGGUAAACUGGAGGACGAUGGAUAUACAGGGACGUAUAAUGAUGGGUUUACAUUACUGACUCCACCCCUGGUGGUCACUUAGGGUUGCCGAGUAGUCCAGACUGUAAAAAUAAUGCCUCAUCCAUUCCCUUCCUGGAUUCCUUCUCUCUGGAAUAAGGGCUUUAAGGGUCCUGUGGCAUUGAGACAUUGCACUGCCAGUAGAGGGGAGGCUCCAGCUGACAGAUAGCGCUGCUGCCACUUUGUUCCAUGUUUACAGCAAGAACCCAAAGUAUUUGCAUCAGACACGAGCGGAUAUCCUUCACACACUCACACAAAACUGCCACUAACCUACAGUUGGGAAAAGAGAUAAAUAAGAUAUUUAUGCCCCUAUUUUUCAUAAAUUUAUUUUUUUCCCUUUGGAAGCUGACUCUGUAAAGCUUGGGCACCCACUGUGAUCUGCCAGUUGGUAGGAAUUAGCAUUUGCAGCUGACAGUUUGGUUCCCAAUUGGUUUUCCAUACAACCAAUAUAUAUAUAAAGGGUAACUGCGCCACCUCAUGGUGACAUUGUGUAGUGACCAUUAAACAUAUUUUUUAUUCCCAGUCUAUCCACAGGGGUCCCACAUAGCGAGUAACCUACAAACAGCACAUGGCAAAGGGCAUCAUGGGAAUAAUUAUUCCUAGUUAUUAGGGAGGAACCAAUAAUUAGCACUCCUGCACUAGUUAGAGAACUCCUAGGGGCUCUCUAACUUGUGUUUGUAAAUAACCUGCAAGCUAGGUAUGGGUGAGGGGACAUCUAUGUGCCUCCCCCCAUCACCAAUCCCUUGUAAGUAUCAAAUAUACUGACUUUAGCUUUUAACUAGAAUAGAAGGGGCAGCUUGCUGUGCGCACAGACACCUCUUCGUACCUGUAUUAAUACAUAUGUUGAGGAGCUUCCAUAUUGCUUUCCUAAGAGUGCAGUCCUUAUCUGUAUUGUGAAUAAAGCAGGAAAGGUUUAUUAAAUCUUACCUUAUUCUUGAUGGUACCGGUUGGGGGGUUCUGUUUCCUCCAUGGGGCUCAGAUUUACCAUAGGCUGUCCAUUGUAGGUUCUCUCUCCAACCUGCAGAAGUUUAUAUGGUGCAUAGGUGAGUGGGUGCAGGUCUGUCUUUAGAGCGGGGCAACUGACCUGGGCACAUUAGGUAACUGGGGACCAGCAGUAGGUCGGACAUAUGUGGGUGACUCACCUUGCAGAGAUAGUGGCAAUAUAACAUGGCAUUGUGUUUUGCAAGCUAUGGCCUUUCAGUUGCUGUUUAAGCAUCUACCUUCCAGCCUGAGGGCAAUACAUGGGUGGGGCAGUUCUUGUUCAUACAAUGAAUGGGCCCCAUCAUACGUUGCAUUUAUGUAGGCCACUGGGAGCAACAUCCAAGGGUUGGAGAGCAACACGUUGCUUCUCAGCCACUGGUUGGGGUUCACUACACUAGACCCAUAACAUGGAACUGUUGUUGGGUCACUAUGAGUUACCAGACCAGGCCCAACUGCACCUAAUUUCCCCCCCACUACAAUCCAAUUUUAAUCUCCACAGUUCCCAAGUCACGUUCUCUUUAGCGUUAGACUGGCAAAGUGUUCACCAGUGGGUCAUUCAACCAGAGGAGUCACCUACAGUUUGGGGGGCUCAACUUGAAGAUGUUCUUCAGAUAUUUUUCUACACUGGCAACACUAUUUCUAAUAGUAUGGCGGAUACAGAUAAUUAUGCCAAACCCCUUUAGCUGAUCCCUAGUUCCCCUUCAUAUGAGACUGGCAGAUUUUGGACGAAGCCGAGCCUGGAUGAAGAUUGGCUUUGUGAGGGCCACAUGGUCAGGCCACACUAUUAUUUAACCAAUGGGAUUAAUGAUCAAUAGAAAUGUGCUCACCGUGUGCUUGUCUGGGUUUGUAGAGUUGCUCGUUUUUGGAUUGUUUUUGUAAAGGUGUUGAGGUGUCUGUGGAUUGGGGAAUGGAAGAGGGUCGUUGGGGAAUGGAAGAGGGUCAUUGAGAAGUUUGGCCAGGGGAUGGCAUUGUUUGCUGCACUCCUGUGUGGGCCAAUGGUUGGGCAGGGUGCAAACUGGGCCUGGCCUUCAGCCAAUAGGGGUUUUUGUAGGCAGAAAGGGAAGAGUAUGCGGGAGGCAGAAACGUUGGUAUAAUGGAAGAUCUUGUCAGUGGGGAGUGUUUGGGACAAGGGGUGGGAAUUGCAAGAAUUAAUAGGAAUUGGCGCCACCAGGGUGGCAUUUGGUUAAACUGAGAAUUCAGAAGGCAACGGUAGAAAGAGUAUUUAGUGACACACUCAUUGAGCGCAAGCUCACGCCAUUAAAUGGCACAAAUCUCACGGAGUCGGCGGGGAAGCUUGGCACAUAUGAACUUUACAACAGACUCACCUCCCUCAGUGUUUCUUUAUCUCCCUAAUAAAAUCGGGAAGCUUUAAAGUGUGGGAAACCUUUUCAUUGCUCUGCAGCUCCCCCUAAUGUCCCCCAGCUCUUCCAUGACAAUGUAAAUACAGACACGGUGCUGCUAAAAUAAAAAACUGGUUUAUAACACUUAUACGUCUCAUUAUGACAUCAGCGGGGGUCGCUCCUACCCCUGCCGGUGUAUUUAACCCUUUCUCUGCACAAGGCGCCUACAGGUCAAAAUGAUCGUUAUGUUCCAACGUGCGAGUUUUGUUUUUUAAACAGAUUCCAAACCUUUCUGGCAGCCAAGGGGUUAGUGACCCAAACUCUGUACUGAGCGUGUUUUUUUGUACCCAAACUGACACCAUUCCAGACUAGUAUUGUGACUAAUGUAUAAUCCAGUUCUGCAUAUACUGUACAAAUAUUAUUUCCUUCUCUUCUGUAAAUAUGAUCUAUAAAUGUGUAACAUAAUAUAAAAUGUAUAAGGAUUUUUAAAGUUUGUUCUCUCCCUUCGGCCCGCUCCUCUAAAACAUGACGUUACUGCUGAAUAAAGCUUUCUGCAUGUC